UGAGUGUUGCAGAUAUUCCUGAGCCUCCUUUUGCAGAGAAAAUGGGUUUUCCUUUCCUUUCCUUGGAGUUGCUUGCUUGCGGCUAUGGCAGCAGCAGCCAUGAUCGAGCAGCACAACGCUGGACUGGUCUGGACUGGGAAGCACGGUCUCUUCUGACCGCAUCAUGAACGCUGCAAAGCAUCAAAACUUCCACAUUCGACAUGAGAGUAUAUAUAUACCUAUAUGUGUGUGUGUGUGUUUUUGUUUGAGGGGUAUAAUAUACUAUGAAAUGGCUAUGAAUGAAUGAAAGAAAGAAAGAAGGAAGGAAUGAAUGCAUGAAUGAUGGAGUGGUGCAGUGAUGGUGUUGAAGGUGGGAGUGUGCAGAAGAGGCGCCGAGGAGCAUGAACAAGACGACGCUGUCAUGUCGCUAGACUGGCAGAGGGUGCAAUGGAGCGCGAUCCACACAUAGCUGAGCUGGAGCUACUAAGGGGUGGCUAAUUGGGUAGAAGCUAGAUGUUGUUCCCUGUGAGUAGUUUCAUGAUGCGCCAGGAAGGAUAAUCGCAACGUGUGUUUAUACAUUAAACACUAUGUUGCUGGUCUCACUCACACAGGGCAGAUCCCGGGGUUGGGAAUUGGUUGUCAGGAUCAGGGAGAGGGGACUCAAAGCACUGGAGCAGAAUAAGAUGGGUGUAGAUGUUAGGAGAAGGGGAGUACAAAUGUGCUCUCAAAUAUAUAUGCUACAGUUAUUGAAACCCGCUGGUGUAAUGAUGAAAACGGUGAUCAAACCUUAAAUUAACACAGCUGCUGCUGCUGGAUGGGUAAUACUGUCUGUACCUCGCUUGGCAGCGGAUGUGGGCGUGGCCUGCAGCUGAUCGGUCGGCUUAGAAGUUUGUAUAAGGUUUUGCAAGGCCUUGGCGGGUAUUUUGGCAAUCAUGCUGAGUGGGGUCCAGGGGGUUGCCGAGAGUGGGGGAGAGAGAUGAGGAGAGUGGUGAAGACCUGGUGAGCAUUGUCAACAAAAAGUGGAGGCUGGAUGUGAAUGAGUUUGCUUGGCUCAUGAGCGCCUCGAGAUGACUGUCCAAUGCAGAAGCUAGGAAGGAUGCUUCUGCGGCCCAAAGUCAUGUAAAGAGCAGGGUGUUGCCCAACGCUUCUGAUUCCGGCACUUGUGUGUAGAGGAUUCGGCGUCGUAGAAGUGACCGGCAUGAUUAGCUCCCUGCAGAGAGUAGAAUUGUCGGUCGGGGGGGUUGUCUGUGUGUGCUCUCCCACGUCCAAGAAAGGAUGAAUCUGUUUAUCGAGGAGGUAGCUGCACCUUCGAGAGGGCGACGUAGAGUUGCUUUCACGAAGUCCGUCGGUUGAUCGAAAAUGUGCACGCGCAGAGGCAAGACCUGUCUGCUCAUGUUUCGAUCUUUGGUAGAGUGUCAGCUUCUUCCAUCAGAGACCGUCACCUUGUCAUCGAGCCGUGAAACCAACUGACAAUCUUACGGUAAACAGAUAGACCAACGGAGACUACUUGCGAAAAAAAUAGUAAACACAAUUUAGCGGGUUUUGAUCCGCCGUGGGCAUGUCCCUAGUCUGGGCUCACAUCUGAGCACUCUGCAACUACAUCGCUUGUUCCGUGAAGAUUUAUGCAGGAUUUUCACAUGGCAUGUCGUUUUCGAAGCGCUAUAAAGCUUGAGUAACUCCAAAUAAGUGAGAGAAGGGGGCCGGGACGAAAGCUGUCACAGAUAGAGAUCGGCCACGAUCACCACCCUGAGUGUGCUUGGAUCACACAUGCUACCCUUUGCCUUAGGGGCCCACGCUCGUUAAGUAUCAUCGAGUCCUCAAAAUCUUAUCCCACUUGGACAGCGAGCAUCAGCCACAGAAAGCACUAUUCCCUCGCUCGCAUGCGCGUCUCGAUUGUUCUUAGAAUUUUCAUGAAGUAGUCGGAUCCUCUGGCGAUUGAGCCGAGCAUGAUGCGUCUGACACGGGAGCCGAGAGUCACACGAAUCCUUGUCUCGCAUUGCUUGAUUUCGUUUCCCUCGGAACCUUUUAGACGUGGGUCCAGCUGCUAGCCGGUCGGAAAUUGGGACAAGUACUGGAAGGACUUGCCCCCUCGAGGUGAUCAUGAGUGGCGCCACCUUUUGUGUACUUCCAGCUUGCCGAUGCGCAUAGAUAGGUUAAAAGAGGAGGAAUUUGCUUGUGUUUUCGCUACUGCGAUCUUCUCUUAUCUCAUCAUCCCUCGGAAACGAUAAUGGUACCUGCAGAAUCUUGGCCCAUAAGCUCUCUGAGAUCAUCAAGAACCGGCCUGGUUGUUCUUUCAAGUUCUUGUAACUUCCAGUUUAGCUUAAUUAGGCCUGUUUAGGUGGGGCUCGGAGAAGGUGGCGUGUGCAUCUGGGUCGGGUGGUUCAUGACAUCGGUGCUACUGCUGAGUUCGGUGGAGAGCAGCUCUUGGUAGCCUUGGCGGUCUGAUCGGUUCUGGGGGUACAGGGUAGAGAAUCCGUCCCAUUUUCUGCAGGCGAUCUCAGAUUGGGCACGCGCAGGCUAGCACGGAUUUAAGGUUCUGAGGUUGAAAGCUCUGGUGGCAUUGAGGGAUUCUGGCAGCGUCGCUUCAUCCGAGUGCAGAUCUUGAGUCCUGGAGGUCAAAUUUACGCCAUUCGUCAGCAGUAUAAUUAGAGGUGUUCACUUGUUAAAGGAUCAUGCGACUUGAUCCUGCGGCUGGAAAACGUUCUAGAAUAGUUGACUCACUGCUUAGCCACAAUACUGAUCCCGUCCCCGAACAGAAGGUUGAGAGACUGUAAAGGCGUUGCCUCCAUUUGUGAAAGUUACGAGUAUCUGAGAAGACGUGAUGACACCCGAGGAAUUAGAGAUAGCGAAAGUUAGGCAAGCUGGAGCUCAACACAGGUUGGAGAUAUAAAGAUCAUGGGCCGCCACUCGUGUUGUCACAAACAAAAACUGAAGAAAGGGCUGUGGUCACCAGAAGAAGAUGAGAAGCUGGUGCGUUUCAUAACCAAGCACGGCCAUGGCUGUUGGAGUGCCGUCCCCAAACAAGCUGGUCUCCAAAGGUGCGGGAAGAGCUGCAGGUUGCGGUGGAUCAACUACCUCCGGCCGGAUUUGAAACGAGGCGUAUUUUCGGCAGCAGAGGAGAACUUGAUCAUUGACUUGCAUGCUGUUCUUGGUAACAGGUGGUCACAGAUUGCAACCCAGCUACCAGGCCGCACGGACAACGAAAUAAAAAACUUCUGGAACUCUUGCAUCAAGAAGAAGCUGCGUAACAUCGGCAUCGACCCCAACACUCACAAGCUCGUGGGCCCGGAGUCAUCAAAUCUACUCGGUGAAAGCUCUUCCAGUGAGAUCAAUCCCCCAAGCGAAUCCAACAGAUCACCCUCUUCCAACCAGCAACUCAUCCCCAACAACUCCCUGGGAUGCGUCAGAUUUACAAACAACGAGUUCAAAGCGCAGUCGUUGUUCCAUCCUCCAGCUUCCCACAACCCGUUUAACCCUAUGGAAGAUGUGCUAUACAAUCCAACCAGAGGUCUCAACCAUAUUCAGUCUCAUGGAGACAGUCAAUUUUUGGACUUUAACCGCGUGCAGAGUAUGCAGGGCAAUGGAUUGUCAACCGACAACCUUCUGGAGCGACUGAUGAUGGGGGGGAAGCACAGCGGGGGGCUGCCUCCAAAGGUGCCAUCCAUGCAACAUGCGACUGAAAGCCUCGACCAUGAUUCCAAUGGACCGAACCCUGAGCACCAGCACUCCACCAUGGUUCCACCAACUUUCAACCCUGUCUUCUGGCUGCUACACUCAAGCGGUUCUUCCUCCUCUGAACCGAUUCAAAGCACAGGUAAACCAUUCCCUGGCCAUAAUCAGCAUUCAGCUCCAGAGAUAGAGAUGCGGUUAGGUCCCUUUGCGCCGAGCUCGUCGUCCGCUCCCCACGACUUCCACGGCGAGAGCUUCCAGAGGUUUGUACAGGACCGAGGGGACUUGAGCUCCAUCACUGCGAAUCUGCAGCUGCGAUCGGGUUCAGGAUCAGCUCAUGACGACGCCAUGAAUGUGGACCAUACUAAUGUCCGAAGACCGUACCGGUGGCAGGGGCAAAAUGGUAGCGAGCCGAGCAGUAGCAGCACCAGUAACGAUACGGGGAUCAGCCACCCCUGCAGCCAUCUCGUGUUCCAGGAGCCUAGUGGCAACCAUCUCUGGUCCAACGCUGAUUCCACUUCGGGACCAACCAUUCUCAAACCUGGUCACCUUCCAGGUCAAGACGCCAUCAGCGAUACAACAUCCACUAGACCCCGGUUCUCAUCAGACCAGGGACCGGACCACGACACCGUCAUGAAAUGGAACGACUUGCUGCCGACGCCCGAGAACAACCCUCGUCAGAAUCACAACAUCAACAAUCUGAGCCGGUCCCAGGGGAGCCACCCCCACACGCAAAACAACGGACCAUCAUCUCAUGCUCAGUUCAGCACCUCGCAGCAGCCACUGCACUGCAUGACCUGGCAGAUGCAAGCCAGUCACGGAGGCCAUGAUGCCAUGUUCGAUUCCAUGGCACCCAUGUCUCAGGAGCUCCAGCGCAUGGCCGCUGUUCUCGACCAGAUUUGAGCCCCAUCAUGUUACAAACCAACCAAGCAUCAGUUGUAGCACGAUCUAGACUAGGGAUCUAUUAGCUUGCUAGCAUCAGAUGCAGUACAGUGCAGAUAAACUUGUGGGUGAAUUCUUAUACCCUUACUUCAGGCGGAAGCCGAGGCUUGGAAGCCCCUGAAACUCAAAUAAGCUGCGGUGGGCAAGUAAGGGGUGGCAGAGAGAGAGAGAGAGAGAGAGUGAGAGAGCGAAUUCAAUUAAAUUAAAAGUGGUCUGCUCCGUGCGGAGCAAUGUGGCGUGGUAGACAGUAGGACCCUAGAGAGACCAUCAACUCAGACUGACGUUGCAUUCCAUUGCACUGCAUUAUUGAUUUCAGAGACAGAGAGAGCGAGAGAGAGAGUGCUGUGGUGGCCGUGUUUAUAAAUCCCAUGGUAUUGAUCCAUUCGUAUCAAUUGUAUUGUAUAUUGUAUUGUA